CAGGCCCCCAGCGGCCGCGGCGGCACCGGGCUCGGCGGGCCGCUCGCCAGCGCCUCGGAGCGGCGGCAGCCCCCGUGCGGAGCGGCCGGAUGACGCAGCCGGGGAUGCCCGCCGGGGGGGUUCCCUCGCAGGUCAGCGGGGCUCUGAAACCUGGAGCUCCCAUCAAUGCCUGCAAGAGAUCAAAGGGAAGAGAAACAGCCAAAGUGUUACAGGAUUUUCCUUGUCCCCUGCGCACGUCCAAGGAUCAGUCGUCUCCAAUAGGCUAUCGUAAGGACCAAUCUUUAGCCUCUAUGUUUGUUCCUUUCGUCGUACACCCGGGGAGUCAUAAGCCUGAUUCGCUCAAGUUUGUCUUCUAUAAAUCGAAUUACUCUAAUUCGUACGCACCAUUUUAUACUGCGCAGAAGCCAACCUGUGGGUACCGGUAUUGCCGGGACACUGAUCACACCAGGAAGGUGAUGGACGUUGAGCGUGCAAACAUUGUCAAAUGGAGACCCAUUGUUGGGACGAAACCACAGUUGGUUACAAUAAACCCAAAGCAACAAAACUGACAGUAUGCCUGGCCCGAGCCUCUCAUUUGUGCAGGAUAUUCUAGUGCAGUGUGUGAGUUGAAGGGGAAAGGUAAAGCUUAUCUGGAUGGCUCUAGAAGACCACUUGGGAGACACUGCAGGAGCUAAGCUUUCACAGCAGCCUAGGAAACAGCUACCGUCACUUCUACACAACUCCUCCCAGAAUGCAGUGUAGUAGUGUAAACCUACCAUUGCGGUUAAGUUACCAAAACUAGCCACUAGCUGGCACAUUAAAUGAAGCAAUAUAAAAAUUACAGCUGGUGCCUGUGAUAGCAAUGCAGUGGAUAUGGGGGUUGGGUGAAUCCAUCCACCUGAUGAAUGCACUGAUCUCCCAGAAAUAUGUUGCCUAGAGUGUGUGUAAUUGUAAUGAUAUAGGAAAACCCAGUCAGACUUGUUGUGUCCGUGUUGCUGGGAACUCUUUAAAUUGAGGUAGUGAGACUCAGCAGUGAGGUGCAUAAAAUAUUGAUUCUACUGAUCAUCUAUGUACUGCAUGGGUAUCCCCACAACUAAACUCCAGAUGUCUUGCCCCAGCAUGCACUGGGCUCAGUAUAGAACCUGGGCUGUAUUUCCUAGGAGCUGGUCUCUUCUUUGGUUUCCCAAAGUCCUGGUCAGACUCUGGAAAGCAUAAGAACCCCUUUCUUGCUAGGCACGGUAUGACAUUGUGCCCAGAGAGGCAGAAAGCUCAUUUUGUGUUUGGAGCUGUAAAAGCUUGUUUUGUGUUUGGUAAUUGUCACUGAAACAUAUCAGGUACAGGGGAGGUCUUUACUAGCCCCGACUUAGACGACACUGUAAAAGACGUCAGGGGGCACAAGGUACACGGAAUUUUUUUUAAUAGUCUGGGGAAUCGAAUGCACUGGCAGAAAGGUACAACUGUAAUCAUAAUAUUUUGCCCUUCUGUAGCAUUGUGAGCUGAUGGACUUCCCACUCUGCUCUGAACAGUGUAGUCAUAAAGUCCAAACAUAUCCCCUUUCCUGGAGUUUGGCUUGACUGGCAGUUGAAACAACAACAGUAUGUCAUAAAUCUCAGCCCAAGUCUGGCUGGUCCUAGGGCUUCCCUGCUGAAAUCUCUGUGCCCCAGACUUUGGGGUCGGAUGAUCAUCACACACCUCCUAUCUUGGUAGAAUUAACAAGCCACACCUGCUAUAAUGAGCCAGCAGAGCUUACUCAGCAACUUUCUGUAGGGUUCUAAUUCUUGCUAACAGAGUGGGUUGCGGGAGAACCCGGACACCCCCUUAGAAGCACCUUUCAGCAAAGGAGUUUAAAGCAUUUUACAAGUAACAAUUAACUAAGCUCAUGACCACCCCCAUGAGGUAAAAGACUAUCAUCAUCCCCUAUUUACUGCUGGAAAACUGAGGCCCAGCAAGCUUAAGGCCCAGAAACUCAAAGGUGUUUAGGCACCCAACUUCCAUUGAAAUAAUUUAAAACUAGGCACCUAAAUAACUCUGAGGAUCUGGGCUCACGUGUUUAGCCUAACCUCAUACAGGGAGUCUGUGGCACCGCUGGGAAUUUCACCUGGCACCUUGCAAUAUCCUGAAAUAAUUCAGGGCUUUCCUUCUACUCACCGUGUGCUAGAGAUUAGCCCGGACAGCCAGAGCCAAGUUUGGGUGUGUUUAAACCAGAUCCAUUUCAGGCCCAUCUCUUCUGUCUGAUCCUGCUAACAGCAGGUGCCACUGCAUUUGCUGACUCUGAAUUGAAGAACUGAGUACACUUAACACUAAAGAACAGUGGCACCUCAUAUUUCAGAUGCUGUCAAGAUGCACAGGAGAGUGGAGGCCUCCAUUUGCUUCAUGCGUUCCCCCUUUAGCACUGAAUGUGAGUGUGAGGGCUGUUUCCCCUGGGUCCUGGGUAUCUCCACCGGAAGCUCUUACAAAGCAUUGAUAUUUCAUAUACUGUUAGCACAUUGGUGUCUCUUGAGGUACAAGCCCACACUCUUUUAUUAGUGGUUUAUUUUUA